CUUUAUAUCGAUGAACUUUCGCUUGAUUGAUACGACAUUGGUCUGUGGAAGAAACAAAAUUGUCACCAGUGCGCAGAAACACAAAUAAAUUUUCCAGAAAACUCCGGUAAUAUCAUUCAGGAUUGAUUGGUUUCUGAAAACACAAAAAACGCUCCUUGAUAUUACCUAUAUUGAUAAUCCCAAGUGGUUUUCUUUUUUCUACGGUGGCAAAUCCAUCAUAGUGAUUACUAUUUUAAAGGUAAAUAUUUCAUCAUAUGCUUAUAGAAUUAGUUCAUAAAAAUUAUGCAAUUCGGCAAAUAUUUUGGUUUUCUUUCAGAUUUACACUUCACAAUGCUAUCACGAAUGUGCGUAGCCCGUUCAGCUUUUACUCAUACAUUGAGAACACCAGUACCACAAAAAUUUGUACCCAAAAAUUAUGUAGUACGGAACUAUGCACGUGAAACACGAUCUCGAGUUGCCAGUAGGACACAACCAACUGUUUGGGAAAGAUUAAUGGCUCCUGCAGGACCAAAUGCUUUCAGUUUGGGAAAAGGUGCUUUAGCAGGAGCUUCAGCUGUUGGUAUAGUAGCAUUAUGCUACUAUGGUUCAAGUGCCAAACCAGGCACUCUUCAGGAAGCUCACCUGUGGCCUCAAUAUGUCAAAGAUAGAAUCAAAGCAACAUAUGGAUAUAUCGCAGGCUCACUUGUACUUACAGCAGGUAGUGCUGUGACUGUUUUUCGGACGCCUGCUUUAUUAAAUUUGGUUGCAAGAAAUGGAUGGAUGUCUAUCAUUAUAACAAUGGGAUUGAUGAUUGGUUCGGGAAUGGUUGUACGUGGGAUGGAGUACAGGCCAGGGUUUGGAGCUAAACAAUUAGCUUGGAUUGUGCACACUGGUAUUAUGGGUGCCGUGAUUGCACCCAUAUGCUUCUUAGGUGGACCAGUGCUUAUUAGAGCAGCUUGGUAUACGGCUGGUGUAGUUGGUGGUCUAAGUACAAUUGCAAUCUGUGCACCAUCUGGUGAAUUCUUAAACAUGAGAGCACCACUUGCUAUGGGCCUUGGUGCUGUGUUUGCUGCUUCCCUUGCUGGCAUGUUUCUUCCACCAACAUCUGUACUUGGAGCAGGGCUGUACUCCCUCAGUCUUUAUGGUGGCUUGAUUGUGUUUGGUGGCUUCCUGUUGUAUGACACUCAAGCUAUUAUCAAGAGAGCAGAAAUGCAUCCAAUGUAUGGAGUUCAACCCUAUGAUCCUAUCAAUUCAGCGGUCUCAGUAUAUUUGGAUAUCCUGAAUAUCUUCAUGCGCAUUGCUAUGAUUUUAUCUGGAGCUGGGGGAAACAAAAGGAAGUAGAGAAAAUGUUACAUCAGAAACUAUUUACUGAAAAUGAGCUGUAUUAUAAUAUAAAUAAAAUAAUACUGCUAGUUCUAUGAAUACUAGCAUCAACGGCAGAAAUUUUAUUUAAAAUUAAGCCAUUAAAUCGACACUAUAAUAUAUCUCAAAUCAAUGUCUCCAAAUUGAAACAAAAAAUUGUUUUAAAAACUGUAGCUUUCGUCUUAAAAUUGUUUUUUGCUUUGAUGCUAGUAUGUAUAUAAAUGGCUUCCUAUAGUCAGAAGGCAUAAUUAUCUUAUUAGAGACUGUUGUGAUAUUACGUAGGCCAUAAGUUUGCAAGUAAGAUCUUGAAGAGUUUGACGCAAAUAAAUUAACCAGUGUUAUAAGAAAAGCUUUG